AUGGCUGUUCGCUGCUCUGAGUUGCCUAAUUUGGCUUGCGAGGAAGUUGGUGUCGCGUGGGGAAGAAUGCUCGAUAAAGAAUGCUGGAAUGAGAAAACGGCAACCCCAUCGUUUUCUCCAUUCUCAUCCACUCGCACUCCAUCAAAUGAUUCGAGCACAUGGUACAACAAUGUCUACAACUGGAUUCACUCGUCUCAGAGCUCUGAUGAAGCUGGUGGAUCAUCGCGUUCCUCGAGCUCGAAGGGCUCUCCGUGGGAUGACGACGCACAGGCACAGCUCAUCAAUGGACCAUUCUCCGCCUGGGAACCUCCCUUCAAACCUGUCCCCUUGCCCACACCUCAACUUAAAAAUCUCAACGAUUUCAAUCAAAAUCCUUAUGCGAAUAUCAUCGAGGGUCUGCUUAAGUUGAAUCUCGGCGAACAGGCGACCGUUGGUAACUCUGCCCUCAAUGUCCCAUCCACUUCCCCCACCUCUUCUAAUACUACCUCUUUUCUCAGCGAUGAGCCAAUGUGUCGACCUUGUGUCUCUCAAGUUCAGCCCAAUAAAACUGUCCCUCAAUUGGCUCAACCUCGUCCGAUCAUUGGACAAAAUCAGAAAGAUCACCACAGCGCUCCAUCUUUGGCUCAUGACAGCAAGCAAGCUGAAUGGCUUUUGCAACAAAUUGAGGCACAACGACAACAACAGGCUAUCUACGAGCAAAUGUGUCAAAUGAUGAUCAAUGCAAAUCAAGGAAAUGCUUCGUCGUGUCAAUCAGCGCUCACCCAGCGAAACUCGACUGCAAUCGAGUUGCACACGAAAUUGGAGGAAUGCUCGGAAGAAUAUCGUCAACUCGAAAAAGAGAGAAAACAGACCGAAGCCGAGCUCGCCAAGCACAAUCUGGGCAAAAAGAUUUCCUCGUCGAACGGUUUACCCAUUCCGCGUCUUCCCACCGCUCCGUCUCGUCUCGAUCGACUCAUCGUCGAUUUUCAUCGUGAACACGCCCGCAUUCUCACUCUUCUCGGGAAAAUGGAGCAAUUGAGAGGAGAACCCCUUCCAAUCAGUGUUCACAACGCUUUAAUGCAACUGCAGCGAUCUGUUGUCAUUUUGCAGAAUUGUCGCCAGGCUGAGAGAACAGCUAUCUUGCAAACACUUCGCGGAGAGCUUGUUCGAUAUGAUGAAGAAAAAGAAACAUUGGUUCUGGCGAGCGCAUUGUCAACAGUACGUAAAGCAGCGCUGCGAGCACGAUCCGCCAAUUGGGUGUCACUUGUUUCAACAAUCGGUGUCGCGGAUCCGUCUGAGCAACAGGUAAUCGAUCGUUUGAUUGCCUCCGAUUUCACCCUUGCUCCACCGCCAAUUCGCAGUCGUCCAGUCAAAAAA